AUGGCGGCGAUCGCUCCGACCAAGAGAACGAUGCCGGCGCCUAGAAAGGUGCCGGGUUUCUGCGUGCAGGCGUACCAAAAGAACACGGUGACCGCGGGCCCGCCGAAAACUAAAAAAAAGCCUGUCGGCUCGACCGCAGUCCGAACCGAGUUUUCCAUACUCUACGGUUCGCCCGGUUUCCCUUUGGCGGUGGGCAGUGCAGGCCGAGUCCGUUGGCUCAUACCGGUGGCGUCUGUCGACUACAACGUGUACCUGCCGCUGCUGUUCUUAGGACUCCGGGAACCGGCACACCCGUACGGGACGUGCGCCGCUCUGGCGCUCCGGGACAUGCUCGACGAACCCGAUUGCGGGUGUCGCGUGCUGGAAGCCUUGCCCAAAAUAGUGUUCCCCAUCAGGCAGGCGCUGGACACGGGCCAUUGGCCGAUUGUAGUGCGCACGCUCAAGUCCCUACAGAAAUGUGCCACGUCCGAUCAGAUGGUCGGCAAAGCCUUGGUGCCGUAUUACAGGCAAUUGUUGCCGCCCAUCAAUAAGUAUCUAUCCAUCGACGAGGAAGUCAGUGACGGCCUGGAAGCCAACUCCCGUGUCAACGUCAUGGAUCUUUGUGCCGAAACUCUGGCUGUACUGGAACGUACCGGAGGUUCUUGUGCUUACAUUAACAUGAAGUAUGUCAUUCCGACUUACGAGAGAGCCGGCGGUGUACCUCGGAAUUCUUGUCCAUAG